AUGCCGCCCUUGUACCAGAUAAAAACCAUCCGACAGAUGCUGGACCAUCUGGAACAUCAAAGAGAAGUGGUCAGUCCAGUAUUACAUAUGUUAAAUAUGGCCAUUGAUGAAUGCCAAUACUGGAUAAAUGACGGAGACCACCUGUAUGGAUCAGAGAACUCAGGACAGACAGAAGCCAACAUUUCCUCCACCAACUCACCAAUGAUCAGCACAAAUGUUGUAGCUUCACUAGAGCCGUCACAACAAGACAACACAGAGGACAAAACAUGCAGCAAGUUUGUGACCAUAGAAGAGCUUCAGUCUCUGCUACACAAGCUAGACAUCACUUACAUGGCAACUGGUUCACUAGAAAGAAAAUAUCUCCAGAUAGAAGAAAAUAUCAACACAGUCAAUGAUAAACUCACACGUUUUGAUGGCAAGCUAAAAUCUCAAGCAAAGAAAUUAAAACAACAAGAUAGACGGGUAGAAGAGAUAGAAAAAAACAUGGAUGUGCUGACAGAAAAAGUAGAAGAACAAUAUAACGCGACACAAAGACAUUCUGAUAACAUAAGGCAAAUUAUGACGUCAAUACAAGAAAUAAAUGAAGCUAGCUGUGACAACAAGAAACACAUAGAAGAGUUAAGUGUUGUCACUAAAGAUCUGGUCAAGAAAACAAACGAUCAUGAAACCUCUGUCCAAGAUAUAUUAGAAAGUUUGUCUAGAACUGAUACAAAACUAACAAAUGCAGAAUUAAAAGUAACUAUACAUUCUUAUCUUUAUAACGUUAUGUCCAUUCCAAAUUAA